AUGAUUACGUUACAAAAUCGGCCUAUAUUGCCUCCUGUCAAAGUGGAUAUCUCACUGCUACUCAAGCCCCAAGAUGAGGAAGAAGCCGCCCCGGGCCUGAGCUCCGGGUACCCGUCCAGAACGACAGGGCCAUCACUGAGUUUGGGUCCCAUGAUGACGAUGCCAGGCCCGGCUGCUAUGGCCAUGCCACCUUUGACCAAGACCGGUCCGUCGGGUGCUGCCAAGCGCCUGCAGCCCUCGCAUACGUCCGAAUCUCCAGCAAAGAAGCAGUCCAAGUGGUCACCAGAUGAGGAUGCCUUGAUCAUCGAACUGCGUGGCAGUGGUAUGAAGUGGGAGGAUAUCAGCAAACGACUCCCCGGCCGCAGUGCCAUCAGUUGCCGUCUCCAUUAUCAGAACUACCUGGAACGCCGAAGUGAAUGGGAUGAAGAUAAGAAGAACAAACUAGCCCGUCUAUACGAGAGGUUCAAAGCCGAAAUGUGGUCCAAAGUGGCGGAGGAGAUGGCCAUCCCAUGGCGUGCAGCAGAGGCCAUGCACUGGCAACUGGGAGAGCAGGAGAUGGCUCGACGUGCAGGUGUAGUGCCAUUCUCUCUCUCAAGUGCUGCCAUCGACCCUCCAACCACCAGAACACGCCGCGCCAGCACCUCUCUAUCCCGGCCGAGAAAGGGUUCUUCCUCACGCGCAAUCCCAGGCCACAUGCCAGGCCUUCCACCUCAACUUCCUUCCCUUGAAGAGCUCACUGCAGGAGUUCCUGCAUACGCACCCGCUCCGCCUCCCCCGAGAGAGUUCUAUGGGAUUGGACGACCGCCAGAGAUGGGGAUUCCCCCACCAGGUCUUAUGGGCCCUCACCUUGGCAUGCCCCCUCGGACCAUGCCCUAG